AUGAGCCUCCUCAGCAAAGCCGAGAGUGAGGUGACUGCAGAGGAGCUGGUGGAGGCGCCCCACAGGCCUGCUCUCACGCACACGCCGCCAGCCAAGAACAGCACCCAGGUGCUUAUGAACAACAAAAAUCUCCUCGGCCACAUGAAGGCCUUCGACAAGCCCUGCAACCUGGUGCUGGAGAAUGUGAAGGAGAUGUGGACCGAGGUUCCCAAGAGUGGCAAGAAGAAACCCAAGCCAGUCGACAGGGACUGCGACAUCUCCAAGAUAUUCCUGGGUGGGGACUCCAUCAUCAUUGUCCUGAGAAAUCCCCUCAUUGCUGGCAAGUAG